AUGUCUGACCGAAUCCCCACCUCCACCUCCGUCGUCGAGUCAGCCGUCAUUGACGCCCCGUUCAGCGAUGUCUGGCACUUGAUCAAGCUCCAGGACUUCUCAAAGUUCUGGUCUAGUCUCACCACCAGUGAAUUCGUCAAGGGAGCUUCCCCGGAGACCGACAUCGUCAAGUGGGCUUUCAAGGAUGGAACCGAGCUGGAGGUCAAGCAGGAAGCACAUUCUUCCAUCGACUACUACAUCACCUACUCUGUCAUCUCCUCGCAGCCUGCAUUGACGUACUCGUCCGUCAUCAGCACAAUCAAGCUCUUUCCUGUCACUUCUGGAACGCACGAAGGUCAGACCUUUGUUCAAUGGUCGGGAAACUUCUCUAGCGAUGCCGAUGCUGGUGUGAUCGAGGAUGCAAAGUACAAGCGCCGCGAAGCUCUAGCCGAUCUUGCCAAAGUUGUUUGCAAGAAGUAGAGAACUACUGAACGAAGCACACCUCUUCACGAUAAGAUCGCAUGGACGGAUGUUGGAGAGUGGCUAGGGACUGGAUUGAAAAGACAUGAGUUACGACAACGAGUAGCCUAUCUGUAGAACGAAGGCGUCGAAAGCAAUGAAUAUAAGAACAUAAGGGCAAUAGCAUUACCAUUAACAACACAUUGACUAGCGCGACCAUUGACAUAACCAUCUUCCUUG